CUUACUCACGGGCCAUGACAAUUAUUCGCCAUCUUAUAUCUCCCGCCUCUUUCGAACUUUACAAAACAAUCAAACUGUUCGAAGCAUUCGUAUAACUCGUAUAUUUCAAAUCACAACAUCAGACCGAGACCAUCCAUCAUGAAGUACCUCAAUCUUGCCUUUACAGCCGGCUUGGCUGCCGCCGCUACGAUCCGCAUCGAUUCAGGACCAGGACUGGUGUUCAAACCCGAGGAUAUUACCGCCAAGAAAGGCGAUAUUCUGGAAUUCCACUUCCUGCCCAUCAACCACAGCGUGGCGCAAGGCGACUUCAACAACCCGUGCCAGAUGCCUACAUCAGGCGGUUUCUUCUCGGGAUAUAUUGCAACGAAGGAUACCGAGUCUCCCACGGUUUUCCGUGUAACCGUUAACGAUACCGAACCAAUCUGGUUCUACUGCACUCAAAACUUCCACAGCCACUGCCAAGGCGGCAUGGUGGGCGUUGUGAACGCCCCAUCUGGGACCAGUGGGAACAACACCCUCGCUGCCUACAAAUCCGCCGCUGCCAACUUUCAAGGCAUGGCAGGCGACGCCAUGAUGGCUUUUGGGGGUGAGGUUAUGCAGGCGGGUACGUCGACUGGGGGAAGCGGCACGGGGUCGGGCACGGGAACAAACACCGUGACUACGCCGUCGGCGAGCAUGAGUAACAUGCCGGGAAUGAAUAUGAACGCUGCUGGAAAUGUGAAAGUUGCUACCAUGGGAGUGUUGGGGGCUCUGGGGCUGGCCGUAUUUGGCUUGGCUUGAAUGCUGAGCGAACAAGAUAGAUAGGUGCUCGAGGACGGGUUCCUUGUUGGGAGUUUUGUCUUCGCAAAUUAUCUGUACAGGUGGUGUUCUCGAGAGAGACAGUUGUGUGACAGGUGGGGUAUAUGGCUACACAUUGUGUGAUCUGUAAAUCUUUCAAUUUUGGAACAUGCGAUCCGUCAAGUUUCUGCUCAUUUACUUGAAGUUUGUAUCUCAAAAGGUA